AUGGGCCUCUGCCGCUACCGCACCGCCGCACUGCAGCUGAAAUGCAACCUACAUGCCGGCAGCUACUACAACUACUGGUUCAUGCGCAUCCUCAACCUCUUCCUUGGGUCCCUGCUCUUCACCUCCGCAUUGGUCACCCUAGCUGCUUGCCUGGUCAUUCUGAAAGAGCACUUCUGGCCCUACAAACGCACGCACUCGGACUCUAGCCCGUACAUCAUGAAGAUGAUCGCAUUUGUCGGACUUUUUGGGUGCUUCUCGACCGGGAUGAGCCUGUUUGCUAUCAACAUCCGCGAGGCGCAAAUUCUGAUCUUUGUCUGCGGAUUUGCGGGAAUGAUGGCCUGCGCCGAAAGCUUGGUGCUCAUUAUGCGCGAGUCAAACUUCAGCGGCUGGAACGACCUUGAGGAGGGGGAAGGCAACUUUCGCCCAGGCGCCAAUGUGCUUCUCCGCCUCUUCGUCAUCAUGGUGGUGAUGAUCAACUACCUGAUCGUCAAGUCUUGCCCGUAUUGUGGAAGUUAU